UAGGGAAGCUUAACCUAAAGACACGGUUGCUUAACCCCCCUCACACAUGUGUGUAAGUGUGUGUUUGUGCGGUAAUGCGCGUGUAUACAGCAUGCACAGCUGCAAAGUACCACACGUUCAUUUGCUACACUCUUCCUUUUCCUGUUCUUGAGCACCGACGGCCCUGCCUGUCACUCUGAGUCGGACGGCUCAAAUUUUCGCCUGUGCUCGCUGCGGGCUGUCAAAAUCAGCCCUCUCAGAAAAAAUUAUGAGAUUUUUCCUCACGUCUAGGCCACUAUGCGGCGGUUCAGUGCAGAUUAGGCUGCAGUGAUGGAUAAAACCCUUGAAAUUAUUAUUCCACAGAUUGGGUGUGUGUGCAGAUGAGGCUCUGCACUGACGAGGCCUCCCCUUCCCGUGCCUGGAAUAUUCUGGAUCCUAGGAGGGUUUUUUAGUCAUCACUAUGAACAGAUUCUUUAGGAGACUCUAGCAUUGCAGACCCCACCAAGGAGGGAAGAGGCUGGGCACGGAGCCCCUUAUAUCCCAUAUUCAAAGUUGGACAUAGCAAAGGACCCAAGAACCAUGUAGUGUAACUCUUCCCACCACAGGGGGGCGGGUUAACUUUGUAGUUCUUUUUUGUACUGUUUUUUUUUUUUUUGGGACUUGGUCUACAAGGUGAGCCAGAAAUGGUCUUGCACACCUCUCCCUACCCCAGUGCCUUCCUCAGCUUUCUGAGUCGUCUGUCUUGGGCCUUUGUUUUCCCUUGCUACUGGCUGUUGGACCGGUUGUUGGCCUCCUGUGUAGCAACAUCACUGGAGAAACGUAGACGCUCCCAGGAUCCCUGCUCUUUUCUGGCACUCGGGGUCCUGAUCUCUACACCGCUCUACCUGGUGCUGUUACUAGCAUCCUUACCCUUCGCCUUAAUUGGCUUCCUCUUGUGGGCCCCACUGCAGACCAUCAGGAACCCCUAUAUCUACUCUCACCAGAAACCAGACAAGCAUGGUGCUGAGCAGGGAGUAUCGGCUGGAACCGAGGCGGCACUUGCUGAGUGGCGUCCACAAGGUCGCAGCUUUUGCUUCGGCAGUGCCAAUGUUUGCCUGCUUCCAGACUCGCUUGCACGCUUCAACAACCUUGCGGACACUCAACGCCGAGCUCGGGAAGUGGGCAAGCGGAUCUGUAAUGGUGCCAGCAGACCCCAGAUCAAGAUAUAUAUUGAUUCACCCACCAAUACUUCAAUUAGUGCAGCAUCGUUCUGCAGCUUGGCCACUCAGGGCUUCCGCCGCACCUCUUCUUUGGACCAUCGUCCUGAGCCUGUGGUCACCACUGAAACUGAGAAUGAGGCCUUAACCGAGUGUCCCGUUCACCCCUCAGGAGGUACAAGCUCGGAUUGCCCCAUCCACAACACUGAAGCCCAGAAUUCCUCAGAGUGUCCUCUCCACUCCAAUGCAGAAGAGCAUGCUCCAGAUUGUGCUGUCCACCAGUUUGCAGAUCCACAGUCCUCUGGUGAGUGUCCAGUACAUAGCAACAUCAUCCAGAACUCAGAAGACUGUCCUCUCCAUCCGGCUGGAGUGCAAAUCAGCAUCACCUCUCCUGAUUCUGAGCCAGUCGAGGAUGAAAAAGGAAACCAUCAGACCGGGGACGGGGAUACGGGUAGCCUAGAAAGCCGCACAGCCUCUCGUGAAUCCCUGGUUCGCUUCCACGCAGCUGAUGGAGGCAUAUCCCCCAACAACACCCUUUCACAACACCGCACCUCAGUCUUCAAAAGACCGAUCGGGCGCAAGCGCCGUCACGGCGAUGACAGCUUUGACCAUGAGAUCUCUGCCUUUUUCCCAGCCAACCUGGACUUCCUUUGUCUGCAGGAAGUCUUCGACAGGCGGGCUGCAGACAGGCUCAGGAGGCAGCUGCAUCGCUAUUUUCCCUUUGUGCUGAGUGAUGUGGGACGCUAUGGCUGGAAAGGCUGUUGCUCACGGUUCAAGUUCUUGAACAGCGGGCUUCUGUUGGCCAGUCGCUACCCUAUUUUGGAUGCCCAUUAUGAAUGCUUCCCCAAUGGGCGCAGCGAGGAUGCUCUGGCUGCUAAAGGAGUUCUUUUUGCCAAGGUGCAGGUUGGAUGCUCUGCUCAGGAACAACGGGUUGUUGGAUAUAUCACUUGUACUCAUCUGCAUGCUAUUGAAGGUGAUUCAUCGGUGCGCUGUGAGCAGUUGGACAUGCUGCUGGAGUGGGGCGCUGAGUUCAGGAGGACCACCUUGGGCCCCACAGAUGAGGAGAAGGUUCUGGAAGAUCAGGUGGCCUUCGACGUCAUCCUCGGAGACCUCAACUUUGACAACUGCUCCUCAGAGGAUAAGCUGGAACAACAGCAUUCCCUCUUCACUCAUUAUAAAGACCCCUGUCGUCUUGGUCCUGGAGAGGACAAACCAUGGGCCUUAGGUACAUUGCUGGACACGAGUGGGCUAUAUGAUGAGGAAGUCAGCUCACCAGAGAGCCUACAAAAAGUGAUGGAGAAUGAAGAGGGGAGAAAAGAGUACUUGGUGUUCCCCGCAAGCAAGAACCAUUGUCCUAGCCAGAAGGGGCGCAAAAUCCCCCUAAAGGGCAAUGGCAGGAGAAUCGAUUACAUCCUAUAUAAAGAGGAAGGCCUGCAACCGGACUGGAAAGUGGAUAUAGAGGAGUUCAGCUUCAUCACUCAACUUGCUGGAUUGACUGACCACCUCUCAGUGGCUGCAAGAUUGGUUGUGUCUACUGGAGAAGAGGAGACUUAGGACCCGGCCAUGAUUCAAAAAAAAAAAAAAAAAAAAUCAAUGCCACAGAGAGAGAGAGAGGGGCGAGGCAAAGAGAGAGCGAGAGAAGUGAGUGAAAGGAAAAACAGCAGGAGGAAGCAUUCGUCAAGUUUCCUGACAGAUGAGGGCAGGGUGAUUGAGAGGGUCGGUAAGUCGUAAAAAAUGAUGGAUGACAUAGAUGGAGAGCAUAGACGAGAGAGGGGGGUGGAGGAAAGGAGAAAACCACCAAUCAGCUGAAAGCAGCAUGCAGGUGUGUGAUUUUCUGGACCAUGGUUCUCCAUCCACCCCUGGACUCUCCAUGUUUACAUCUGAACUGAAGAACAAAAUUAAAGAAUAACUCACCUUUGCACUUCUGAAGCUUCUCUGGGGCCCUUAAAGGGGCGGAGACCGUUUUCUGGUGCCAUGACCCGGAUAUUCGAAUCAAGGCUGUUGCAUGGGAGAAUGCGUACAUUGACUAUUCCGGUCGUCCUGUCACACAAUAUGGACAAGGACAUGUACGUCUGUGUGUUUAAAGUUAGUCCACCGCAAGAUCUAUCCCUCAGCGUUCUUCAAAAGACCUCAGCAAGUGUCUUUCUUUUCUAAUGUCUUUCUAAGGUUUCUAUGGCCUCGUGCCAUCUUUUUAGGGAGUUUAUAUACUGAUAUACAAUACUGAUCAAGGUUGCAUUGUAUGGCCUCAUCUAACACUAAGUAAAACGAUUAAGAACAUGUUUCGUUGACCGCUGGGAUACAGUGACCAAGCCCUGAAGUGUGGCAGUGGCGCCAUUGCUGCAAACUAUGGGAAAACUGAGCAAUUGUUGGGGAUUUAACCCUGAACUCUCGGUAGAUGCAUGUUUCUCAGUGCACUGCCAUGUUUGUCAUGGCCUGCAUGUUUGACGUGAACCCCCAGACGCAAUUAACACAGGCUGUUUUUCACAAAAACACACAAGCCCCUUCCCAUAAUACUUUUCCUUCUUGCAGUAUUGCUGUGGCUCCAUCACAGGAGAAUGGUGUUGUAAAAGGCAUCACAGUGUUCACUGUUUACAUAUUUGAGCCAAGAUUGUCGUCCCCUGCAAAUGUUUACACACUUAUCAGGCAACGGUACCCCAAGAACUACCCCGGGUAGACCCACCGAAGCUCGCUCUUCAUGUGUUAACACAAUUGCUUUUAUACUCUCUAAAAUUCUCUUGAUAUAAGUUGUUAUUAUUGCUAUUAUUGUUAUUAUUAUCAUUAUUCUUAUGAUUACUAUGGUUCGUAGAUUUGACAAUAUGUGCUUUUUACAAAUGACUACAUCCCCCAUGAUGCAUUUAUCUGCUUUUGCUGUGUUAGAGGUUUACAGCACCCUAGUGUAGAGCUCCACCCUGUUUUGACUGACAGACUAAUUGGCCAAUCAGUAUGCCUAUAAACAUCUUUUGCAUUAACCAUAAAAAAUGCUGUGUUCCAUUCAGUUCUGAAAGUGCAAGAGAACUCCACCGAAAUACCAGAACCGAAUGGUAUUAACAGUUUUCGCACAAGAAUUCUUCCUCCGAUGUUGAAGAAUCGCAUGAUCAUUUGACAGAAGUGUUUCUCCACUAUCGGGUUGAAAGGUUCAGUGCGCGGUGAGUAACUCUUAAGAGGUGGGGGAUUUUACUGAAUCAAAAACAUUCCAGCUAAUGUUCUAAGAAUGUUUAUCCAACAUUUCAAUCAGGUUAUAGGAACAUUGUUUUUUAAUGUUCUCUGAAUGUUUAAAAUGUCCAGUAUUUUAAAUGUUUUAAAAAAAAAAAUCUUGGUUAUGGGAUUGUAAAGGAAACAUUCCAUUUUAUAUUUUUACAAACAUUAUGGGAAAUGUGAAGGCCAAGUAUGGUAACACAUACUUGGAAUUUGUCCUUUGCAUUUAACCCAUCCAGUUAGCGCACACACUAGAGGUUGGGUGCCUUGCUCAAGAGCACCUCAGUUAUUUGGUAUUGAGAAUCAAACCCACAACCUUUGGGUUACCAGUCUGAAUCUCUAACCAUUAGGUCACCACUGCCCAGGUGCAAGUAGUAAGUAUUUAAACAAAACAUUAUGAAUGUCCAACUAAAGCUUUUCAGGAAAAAAUGUUCAUGAAAAAUAUUUUGAGAACAUGCACCUCGACCAGGGAAGUUCAAUUCCCACAUGAAUGACUCUUUUGAGUCGAUUCUUUUUGGUGAUUCAAAAACAUACAGCUCGACCUGGGAAGUUCAAUUCCCCAAUGAAUGAAUCUUUUGAGUCAAUUCUUUUUAGUGAGUCAAAAACAUACAGGGCAAUCAGGAAAAUCUAAUUUCUGGAUUAAUGACACUUUUGAGUUGAUUCCUUUUGGUGAAUAAAAAAAACAUACAGCUCGUCCAGGGAAGUUCAUUUCCCAAAUGAAUGACUCUUUUGAGUCAAUUCUUUUUGCUGAGUCAAAAACAAAAAUAUACAGUGCGAUCAGGGAGGUCUACUUCCCGAAUGAAUGACACUUUUAAGUUGAUUCUUUUAGGUGAAUCAAAAACAUUCAGCUUGACCAGGGAGGUUCAGUUCCCAAAUGAAUGACUCUUUUGAGUCAAUUCUUUUUGACGAGUCAAAAACAUACAGUGCAAUCAGGAAAAUCUAAUUUCCGAAUUAACUAAAGUUUUGAGUUGAUUCUUUUCGGUGAAUCAAAAACAUUCAGCUCGACCAGGGAGGUUCAAUUCCCAAAUGAAUGACUCUUUUGAGUCGAUUCUUUUUGGUGAUUCAAAAACAUACAGCUCGACCUGGGAAGUUCAAUUCCCAAAUGAAUGAAUCUUUUGAGUCAAUUCUUUUUAGUGAGUCAAAAAACAUACAGGGCAAUCAGGAAAAUCUCAUUUCUGGAUUAAUGACACUUUUGAGUUGAUUCCUUUUGGUGAAUAAAAAAACAUACAGCUUGACCUGGGAAGUUCAAUUCCCAAAUGAAUGACUCUUUUGAGUCAAUUCUUUUUGCUGAGUCAAAAACAAAAAUAUACAGUGCGAUCAGGGAGGUCUACUUCCCGAAUGAAUGACACUUUUAAGUUGAUUCUUUUAGGUGAAUCAAAAACAUUCAGCUUGACCAGGGAGUUUCAGUUCCCAAAUGAAUGACUCUUUUGAGUCAAUUCUUUUUGACGAGUCAAAAACAUACAUUGCGAUCAGGAAAAUCUAAUUUCCGAAUUAAUUAAAGUUUUGAGUUGAUUCUUUUCGGUGAAUCAAAAACAUUCAGCUCGACCAGGGAGGUUCAAUUCCCAAAUGAAUGACUCUUUUGAGUCAAUUCUUUUUGGUUAGUUAAAAACAUACAGUGCAAUCAGGGAGGUCGAAUUCCCCAAUGAAUGACUCUUUUGAGUCCAUUCUUUUUAGUGAAUUAAACAUUUUCAACUAACUGAGUAACUGGUUGUUUAUAUGACAACGUGUAGUUAAAUAUACAUGUUUAUGCGUUUUGCCAGUAGUUUUUGUAAUGAAUUAAAGAUAUCACUUUUUUAGCUUUUUUAUUUAUAGGCCAAUUUUUGUAUUUCAUAUAUGCCACCUCUAAGAAAACUGUGAAAAGUCAUUAAAAAGUCUAUGUAAACACACUUAUUUAUUAUACAAAUUAUUCCAUCAUUUGUUUAAUGGAAUGGCUUGUUUUCCCCAAAAUAGUGGUUGUGGAUGCCAAUGAUAAGAACAUCCCACAUCAAACUUUGAAUGGAACGCAGCAUUAAUCUAGUCCCAAUGUACCCAACCGCCACUAAUUUUAACCAUGCGUAUCACUCUUUAAUCAGGUCAGUGUGCCAUAAUAAUUAACCCUUUCCAGAUCCACCAGUACUAAUGCUUAUAAGGGAGCACAGGGUGCAAAAUAGAUUUACUAAUGAUAGUGGAACCCCUGAUCAUUUAAUCUGAGGUUAAACUCUUCCCAUCGUAUCUAAACUGACGUCAUUUUGUUGAAGGGUCAGACAGGGAGAGCUGUAGUAGAGAUGCAUGCAGUGAAAUAAUGAAGCUUCACAAUUUCUCACUCUCAUCACUGUCCAUUAAGAUCUUACUGUUCUCUAUAUAUUGUUUUUGAGACUAUAUACUUUUUUGUUGUUUUUUUUUUUUUUUAAUUCGAGGAAUGCGGCUUACUACAAGCUUUCGGCUGGUCAUGCUCUCAAGGGGAAAAUGGAAAGGGAAAAGCUUUCUCAGUGUCAGCUCUUUAUAACUGCAUUUUGGUUCUGCUUUUUAUUAAAAAAAUCCCUCUUUGAUUCAAA